AUGUGUCGUUGGUUCGCUUAUAUUGGACAUGAGCCAAUCCUCCUGGAAGAUGCUCUUGUCAUGCCAAAACACGCUCUCAUAAAACAGAUUAACGAUCACUACCUCCCCGAACUUUUGAAACAUUAUUCGAACCGCCGCGAAGUUAUAGAGCGUAAUGUUCUCCUUAAUAUUGAUGGCUUUGGUGUUAGCUGGUACACGCAUGUGCGUGAGGAGUUUGGAGAAUGUGAGGGACCUCGACCAACCACGUACAAGAGCGUUCGUCCACCUCUGAACGACAGAAAUUUUCGAAGUUUAUGCGCAAACACCAAGACCAAUGCCGUUUUUGCGCAUAUCAGGGCAACGAGUGGAUCACCAGUAGUUGAAACGAACAAUCAUCCGUUCGAGUUUGGUCGGCAUUUGUUUAUGCACAAUGGUACUGUAGCACAGUUCUCUAAGAUUAGACGAAACCUACUUUUAAAGAUAUCCAAACAAGCGUACGAGAAUGUGAUGGGAACAACAGAUACGGAGCACGUUGCUGCCCUAUUUUUCACUCAUCUCGGUGAUAUGUACGCUGAACAUACUCUAAAUGAAUUCAAGCAGGCCAUGUUGAAGACACUGAAUGACAUUAUUGAAUUACUAGUGGUGGAAGAGGAAUCGGAUGAUACCGUGCAGAAAGGGGAACAUGUCAAUGCCAGCUCUCUCAAUUUGGCUGUAACAGACGGGAAGAAGAUGAUGGCAAUUCGCUUUCGAAAUGAUGUUACAGAAGAUCCACCAUCUUUGUACUAUUCGACCACAGCCGGUGUUUCGCUUAAUCGAAAAUUUCCCGGUACGGCGGAUCAACCCCCUUCUUCUGAAAACGGUUCACCAUCCGACGUUAAAAAGAUGGAAGAACAUCGGGCACAUGUCAUAAUAGCGUCGGAACCCAUGACAUACAAUCGGGAGGACUGGCAUCUGAUACCAAAAAACAACAUGGUGUUUGUAAAUGAAGACAUGCAAUUAUCAUUAGAGAACAUUCAGUUGCGAACAAACUGA